AUGCCAAAAGAAGUACCUAGAGUAUAAACAGUACAAAACCCAUAAAAUCCCUCAAUUUCAACUAUUGCUUCUAAGAUUAAUUCAAAGAGAGUAAUGCCUUUACCCAAAGAAAUAGUGUAGGAGAAGCCUUAAGAGCAAUAAUAAUAGAUUUAAAAAAUAACUUAAAACUCCGAAAAUAAAAGCGUUUCUAACCCACUACCAACUAAUUAGAAAACUUCAUCAUCUAAAUAAAAUGAAGAAAAUGAAAAAGCUGAACUGCCAAAAGCUAAAACAGACAAGGCUUCUAUAACUCCAAAGAAAUAGACUGUCUAAAUUUAAUAAGAUGAAUAGCUAGAAACAAUGCAGAAAUAGUUAUAGUCGAUAGAUCCAAAAGUAAAAACAAUUACUCCAAUUAAGCAAUCAACUUAAAAGAAUAAACAAAGUAUGAUCAAAAGAGAAGGAGAAUUUGAUUUUGAAGAAUUCCAGUAAUUUUGCCAAGAGAAUUUGAGCAAAAAGAGAGUUAAAGUUGCUAAAACAGAUAUUUAGGCUAAUGAAUUUUCUACUCCUAUCUAAAAGUUGGGUUCCUCGAACUCUGAUGAUCCAUUCAACAGCAGUGACGAUGAUGAAAAAACCUUUGAUUAGGUAAAACUAACCAAGGAUUAAUUGAAAGAAUUUGAUCGUAUAACAAAAAAGCAAUCAAAGCCAGUGAAAAAGCCAAAUAUUGAUGCUUUUAGUACAAAAUCUUAGCUCAUCAAGGGUAAAAAAGCAAUUAAAAAGUAAUAGAAGAAAAGGGAAGCUAAGAAAGCAAUAAAAGAAGCCUCUAAAGCAAAGUAAGUAGUGUAAGAUUCUUCCUCAGAUGAAGGUGAAGCUGUUCCUAUCACUGAGUUUGAAAUGAUAAAUGCGUUAUUUUACUUUGAAGACCGCAAAUAAUUGAAAAUGGUUCAUCUUGACAGAACUAAGCCACUUUACAAAUGCUAGGAAAAAUUUUUUAGAGAUUCUCCAUAUAUCAAGAAAGUAAAGGAUGGUUUUGGCAUCUUGCAUGCUGAGGUCAUGAACAAUCUUAGUAAAUAAUAAGAAAUCAGACACUUGAUAUUCGGAACCUUACCGAAAUGCAAAGAUAUUCAUGAGUUUGUUAGAGAUGAGGACAUUGAAAAGCAUGUGUUUGAAUUUGCCUAAGGAAAGUUCCCCUAUCGUUCAUCAAAAUUAAUUUAUAAUGGCAACCAGUUAAUAAUAACAGGAGGAGAUUAUGACAUCAAAGACAUAGCUACUAGUCUUACUUACAGAUUUAAUAUCGAUAUUGAUGAAUAGAAAAACCUGGUCAAACUCACCUAAGACUAGAGUUUUCCAAGAUUAUCAAAGCCAAGAACUUAGCACCUCUCAUUUAUUCUAUAAGACUUCCUCUUUAUAAUGUUUGGCUCAGAAUCUGCAACCGUUGAGUACAUCGAUUUAAAAGACCCCAAUGCUACAUUCAAAACUCUUACCCUCGGUAAUUAUCAAGAACUCCAGAAUCCAAUGAUAUUCUUUCACGAGCAUUCCAAGUAGGAUAUGAGACCUUAUGUUUUAGGAGGUAUUCAGGUGACUAAAAAAUCAUAGGAUAAAGUUACUAAGAUACAAGAAAUUUAGAUUGAUUUUUAGGUCGACAUCCAGAAUCCUUAAUACAGAAAAGUACCUAAAACUAUUAAACUUGCUGAUUAACCUCUUGCCCAGUUGGAGGGAACAUAUUAAUUUGAGCAAAAUAUUCCUAACAAGCUAUAUUAUGAGCAGUAGAAGACUUGGAUGUUCUUAGAUUAAAAUGGAUAUUUGCUCAGUUUUGAUAUGAUGACCAAAUAAUUCAAGGUUCACUAUAUUAAAGGAAUUUGA